AUGUUUCAAAACAAAACAAUGUCUACAAUGUUCAUCCUUCUGGGAUUUGGAGGAGUCUACAAAAUGCAGACACUUCUGUUUUUCACAUUUCUAGCAAUUUACAUUGUGACCAUAAGUGGAAACAUCCUCAUUGUUAUGUUAGUCGUCUUUGAUAAGCAUCUCCAUACUCCCAUGUACUUCUUCCUGGGCAACCUCUCCUUCUUGGAAGCUUGCUGCAGCUCCAAUAUAUUCCCUAGGAUGCUUUCAGCUCUCCUGACUGGGGACAGAACAAUUUCAUUCAGCGGUUGCUUCACUCAGUGGUAUCUCUUUGGCUCCCUGGAAGCUACAGAAUGUUGUUUGCUCUGUGUGAUGUCAUAUGACAGGUAUCUUGCCAUUUGUAAGCCACUCCACUAUAAAACAACCAUGAAAGCCUGGACGUGUGUCCAGUUGGCAGCUGUUUCUUGGAUCAAUGGGUUUACAGUCCUCUUGAUAUUACUUAGCCUGAUGUUACAGUUAACAUUUUGUGGCUCCAGUGAAAUGGAUCAUUACUUUUGUGAUUACUUUCCACUUCUUAAACUCUCUUGCAGUGACACUAUUUUGGUAGAAAUUAUGAGUACCGUGGUGGCUGCCAUAUUCACAUUCCCUCCUUUUCUCCUAACUCUUGCAUCUUAUGUGUACAUCAUUGCUGCUAUCAUGAAAAUCCCAUCCACCACUGGGAGAAAAAAGGCCUUUUCCACCUGCUCCUCUCACUUGGUUGUGGUUUCCCUUUUCUAUGGGUCUUUAAUGAUAGUGUAUAUGUUACCAAAGGCUGAAAUUAAGAAAGAGCUGCAAAAAAUUUCCUCUCUUUUAUACACAGCUUUGUCCCCUCUAGCCAACCCCUUUAUAUACAGCCUGAGGAAUAAGGAGGUCAAGCAGGCCCUGAGAAAUAAUAUUGGUAGGCUUCUGCCAUACAAAGCUAGCUAA